AUGGCGACAUCAAGAAUAUUUGUCAAGGGUCUGCCGCCCAACAUCACCGAGGCAGACUUCCGCAAACACUUUUCGACGGGGAACCGCGAGGUGACGGACGUCAAGCUGAUACCCCAGCGACGCAUCGGCUACGUCGGCUACAAGACGGCGGACGUCGCCUCCAAGGCGGUCAAGUACUUCAACAGGUCGUACAUCCGCAUGUCCAGGAUCUCAGUCGAGCCCGCCAAAGCCAUCUCAGACCCAGCCCUCGCCAAGAACCACCACAACGGCCCCCGCGCUGCUGAUGCGUCAACGAGCCGCGGUGCCGCGCGGGUCACGUCAGACCAGGAUGUGAACCCAAAGAAGCGGAAGAGAGACGAGCCGGUCAAGGCGGACCCGAAGCUUCGAGAGUUCUUACAGGUCAUGAAGACCGGUCGGGAGGGCGUCAUCGCCGACGACACCACCUUGGACGCCGCUGGGGCCUAUCCUGAGGCCGGCUCCACGGUUGUUCCAGAGGGCGAGAGUGACGAUGAGUACGAGCAGAUCCCAGCGAGGAAAGAGAAGUCUCGGAGGACAGACUCUCCAACCAGAGCCGUCCAUGUGGCUCACCCACCGCCACCGAGGGAUGACAAGGCACCUGAUCCCGGCCCUGCUGACGAUACUCGAGAGGCGGCUGAGGCUGCCGAGCAAGUCAAGGGAGGCGACGAGGCUCCGGCCACCGAAGCGACAGAUGACGAUUGGCUGCGGUCAAGAACCAACAGGCUGCUGGAUCUGGUCGAUCCCGACGACCUCCCGGCGCAGCAGGCGCCUGGACCCGAGGAAAGGCCCCCACAACAAGAGACAGAGAAUUCCUCCGAAGAAGUGACACAUGACGAGGUGGAGGAUGCGACCACGGGCGAGGAGAUGACGACAGGUGAUGCGGCUGUCGACGCAAUCUCCAAGACGUCUCGGCUUUUUGUCCGCAACCUGCCGUUCAGUGUUACGGAGGAAGACAUCCGGGACGCGUUUGAAGAGUUUGGGAGCCUGCAAGAGGUACACUUGCCCACUAACGCUGCAGGCACCGGCAAGGGAUUUGCGCUGGUCUUGUUUACAGAUCCAGGGGAUGCGGUCAAGGCAUUCCAGACGAUGGAUGGGGCAACUUUUCAGGGACGCAUCAUCCACAUCAUUCCAGCGAGCCGCAAGAAAGAGCUGGGAUUGGACGAGUUUGGAAUUUCCAAGCUACCGCUGAGGAAGCAGAACCUGAUUCGCAAGAAGGCUGAGGCGGCGUCGACAACGUUCAACUGGAAUUCGCUUUACAUGAACCAGGACGCAGUCAACACGUCCAUCGCCAGCCGCCUGGGUGUCUCGAAGUCGGAGAUGCUAGACCCGACGUCGGCGGACGCGGCGAUCAAACAGGCCAUUGCGGAGACGACGGUGAUCCAAGAGACCAAGGCCUACUUCGCGGCGAAUGGGGUGGACCUGGACGCCUUCAAGUCGCAAAAGCGGGGCGACACCUCCAUCCUCGUCAAGAACUUCUCGUACGGCACGACCAUGGACGAACUCAGACGGAUGUUCGAGGAGUCUGGACCGGUGCUCAAGGUUCUGAUGCCGCCGAGCGGCACAAUCGCCAUUGUGCAGUUCGCCCAGGCGAACCACGCAAAGGCCGCGUUUGGCAAGCUCGCCUACCGACGCAUCAAGGAUAGCGUGCUGUUCUUGGAGAAGGGCCCCAAAGAUCUGUUCAAAGGCGACCAGUCAGGGCCGCCCGUGACGCCGGCGGCCGACCAAAAGACGACAGGGGUCCAAAAGCUAAGCGUCAACGACUUGCUGUCAGGCGGCGAUAGGGCGGACGAGGCGGAAACAACCUCUCUGUUUAUCCGCAAUUUAAACUUCGCGACGAGCACUAACAAGCUGGCUGAAGCUUUCCAGUCCCUCGACGGAUUCGUCUCGGCGCGGGUCAAGACGAAGAUGGACCCCAAGAAGCCCGGGCAGACGUUGAGCAUGGGCUUUGGCUUCGCCGAGUUUCGAAGCAAGGAGCAGGCCACGGCGGCGCUCAAGGUCAUGGACGGCUACGUGCUGGAUGGGCACACACUGGGGGUCAAGGCGUCCCACAAGGGCCACGACGCCGCCGAGGAGAGGCGGCGGGAAGAUCGGGCUAAGAAGGCGGCGGCGCAGAAGACCAAGAUCGUCAUCAAGAACCUGCCCUUCCAAGCCACUAAGAAGGACAUACGGACGCUAUUCGGGACGUACGGGCAGCUCAGAUCGGUCCGCGUUCCAAAGAAGGCGGACCACACCACCAGGGGGUUUGCGUUUGCUGAUUUUGUCACCCCACGGGAGGCGGAAAACGCGCUAAACGCCCUGCGGGAUACUCACUUGCUCGGCCGGCGGCUGGUGCUCGACUACGCGGAGGCAGAGGCGGUCGACGCCGAGGAGGAGAUCGAGAAGAUGCAGCGCAAGGUAGGGGGCCAGGCCAAUAAGGUGGCCCUCCAGCGGCUCACGGGCGGAGGGAGGAAGAAGGUGAAUAUUGGCAACGACGGGGAGGAGGACCUCGAAGGAUAA